GCCAAUUCCCAUUAAGACCCUUGUCUCAAAAACUUGGACAAAGCCAAAGCUCAGUGACUUGCCAAGAUGGCCCUGGCAGUAACUAACACAAGUAGGCUUCAAAAACCAGUUUGUCUAUUCCAAACCCACGCGAACUGAACUUCCCAGCCCGCGCCUCCCUAACUACCGGCUAUCUCGUUCCACGCUCUCCACACACCGGUCGGACCGCCUGCUGAGGAAGAAUGACUCCGCCCGGCGGCGCAGCGCCGCUGAGCCGGUGACCGGCAGUAGCCGGUGCCUCCUCCCAGCCGUGCUCGCUGCAAGUCACACCUUUCCCGCCCGCGGCCCCACGCGCGGCCCGCAGCGAACUACACUUCCCGGCAGGACGCGGCGCGCGCACGCGCACGGGGGGCCUCCGCCAUGGCGACAGUGCUGUCCAGAGCGCUCAAGCUCCCGGGGAAGAAGAGCCCAGACCUCGGGGAGUACGACCCCCUCACCCAGGCGGACAGCGACGAGAGCGACGAUGAUCUUGUGCUUAACUUGCAGCAGAAGAACGGAGGGGUCAAAAACGGGAAGAGCGCCCUGGGGGACCCGCCGGAUGCAGGGGACUCAGAUGCAGACGUGGCUGGGGCUGCGAAGCCACACCUGUCCGAAGUUGUCCCAGAGGGUUAUCCCUCGGAGCCCCUUGCGGGUGUGGAGCAGAAGGCCACCUCUUCCCUGGUGUCCUAUGUGCGUACAUCUGUCUUUCUGCUGACGCUGAUGAUCUCGAUGGUCCUGGUCCUUCUCUGCGCCUUCCUCGUCCCCUGUCCUCCCAGAGACCUGCAUAGCACUUGGAGCCGGCGCCUAGGUUCCCAAGGAGGCCCUUUUUGUUUCAUUAUGUGUACGCCAGGCGGGGACCUGUCUCCCCUGGAGUUGGCUGACGUGAAUAGAGAUGGUCUGCGGGACGUGCUUCUCUCCUUUGUGACAACCAGGAAUGGGACUGAAGGAGGUGGUGGCUCACAACCAACUGCAGAUCUUGUGUGUCUUUCCGGGGUGAACGGCAGCACACUGUGGUCCAGUGCCCUCCCAGAGGAGGCUCAAGAUGUCACAUGCUUGGAUCUGAUGCCAGGAAGCAUGGCCAAAACCAUCUGCCUUGUGACAGGGACACGCAAGAUGCUCAGCGCAUUCAAUGCGACAACAGGGAAAGUCAUGUGGACCCUAGACCCAGACCAUCUGUCUAAUGGCACCUUGGCUGCCCCAGUUGUGGUGCUGCCGGACCUGGAUGGGGAUGGUGUCAGAGAUCUGGUGGUGCUGGCCAUUGGAGAAUUGCAGCCAGAUCUGUGUUUUCUGCUGGUUUCUGGCCGGACAGGGAGUCCCGUGGGCCGACCUGUGAAGUACAACAUCGUGGGAGUGGGGAAUCUGAUUGGUCCCCAGGUUUACAUCACCACCAGUGGGGCUGUCUACAUCCUGUUUGGCUUUGGAAAUAUACAAGCUGUCGCCCUGCGGGACAUUUUUGUUCAGGCCCAAAACCGAGACAGCUCACCACCCUCUCUGCAGAUAGAAGAGCCAGAAUGGGAGAAGCGCAGAUCCGUCAACCUUUCGGAGCUCAUCGACGUUUACAGCGAUGGAGUUGAGCUUCUCCAGCUGGUAAAGGCUCCCGAUUCCAACUGCAGCAGCCUCUUGAUUACAACCAGACAAGGCCUGGUCCUGCUUCGGGGACAAGAUCUUAUGCCGCUCUGGAAACUGAGCCUCCAAGGCCUGCGCAGCCAGCCCACUCCUGGGUAUUUCACUGAUGAUCAGACAUUGGACUUCCUUCUGCAGACACAGGAUGGAGUUGGGAUGAAAAAGAUGACGGUGGUGGAUGGUGGCUCUGGCUCCAUCAUCUGGAGUCACAGUAUCCCGUGUCACAUGAAGGAAACGCCAACCACUUCUGCAAUUACUUCAGACCAGAAGUCUGUCUUCCUCUUCUGGGCAGAAGCUCUGACUGCUGCAUCUCCCAGUUCUGAUGACACCCCAGGAGCUGAGCCUCCUGGCCUUUACCACCUCUACCUCCUGCACCCAGCCUUCCCGUCCAUCUUCCUGGACCUGACCAACACCACUGGCAUAGUGACAGCUUCGGAGGUUGGAAUCAAUGACAUCUGGAAAGAUGCCUUUUAUGUCACCAGGAGAACAGGGAUGAGCCCGGAUGGACACCCCACCUCUCUGGUGAUCAGCAAGCUUAGCCUGCGCUGGGCACUUAUGGAAGGCCAGAUGGUCCAGCUGAAGGAGACCACCCCUAAAAUUGGCCGUGGGGAGCUGCGAAGAUUCCUCUCCAGGAUCAAGUUUGUUGAUUCUCCCUACCAGAUCUAGUGCGAUGGAAUCCAGCUUCAGAAGACCCUUUACAGAGCGGCUCCUGUCCCUCCUGUGUCAGUUCUUUGGAGACAUGACGACUUCAGGGUCAUGCAGCACUCGGGGACCACUGCACUUUGGCAGCUUGUUGGAGCUGUGUGCUGCAGCAUGAUCUGCUUAGCUGGGGCAUCUCACGACCCUCCCAUCCUGCACUAACCCCUCCUCCUGGGAACUCUGUGUGGAUAGUUUGGAAAUGUGAAUCUUACAGUGCUUUAUUUUAUUUUAUUUUAUUUUUUUGUACCUCUAAUUUAUAAACCCUUGCUGGGAAACCCAGUGGCGUGCAAGCAGGAUGUAUGUUGUUUUGCAUUAGGUGAUGUGUAUCUGUGUGUGUGCGUACAUGUGUAUGUGUGUGUAUCUAUGUGUUCAUUGUUGUAACAAAAAGAUUUUUGAGAUAUGCCCCAAGCGUCAGGGAUUCCAUUUCUUGUCCUCUUAAUUUAUCUGAUUUGGUGGUCUUCAUGUGUCUGGAUGGCCUACCUCUGAGAUCCUGAGGGUCACCCAUGGCUCACCACUGUUUUCCAUCUGCCUGUCCUGUGGUUCUUAACUCUAGACAGCAGUGAGAAACACUGGAAGUUAGGAUGGGGCUACUUAUCCAGUAUGUCUGUCUUUCCGUCUCCUAGACUUUCCACCUCUGUUAAGUGGUUGUGAGAACAGACUUGUUUCAAUCACAAAGGGAGCAAGGGGCAGAGUUUCUGUGACUUCGCUGAUGAUCAGGUCCCUGUGUGGUGCACUAUGAACUUCUGCAGCUAUGAGCUUUGAAUCUGCAGUAACUACGGAAGGGUUAGCAUGCACAUUGUCCUCAGCUUCAAGGUUGGAGUCCCGUAGCCUUGUCCUGGCUGCAGCUCCAUCCUGCUUGCUCCCAGUCCUGUCUAGGGCAUCUCCAUCUCCUGCUCCCUUGCUUCCUCUCCUAUUCAGGGAUCUAUUUCUGGACUUUGGCUUCUUGGGUCCAGCAUGUAACCACUCUGCCCUGUCUUCUUCCUUCCUCCUAGAGUCUUGGAAGCAUUAUAUUCAGAAAAUUCUCAUGUAAAUACUGUAACUUUUGUAAUGAUCAGGUUCUUUAGAAUUAUCUCCAUUCUUCUGCCUUCUAUGUAAAUGUCUGACUUUUAAUUUUGAAUCUUCCAAAUGUCUGUGUCAUUGUCUGAUAUGCCAUGUGUUCCCAUGGUGGCUAAUGAAAACGUACUUCUUGAGUGAAAACCGGAUUUUCUCCUCACUUGGGAUUGUAUCAUUUUAGGUUGUGUUAAUAAAGUGAUCCAAGGAAACUAGAUUCUAGAUUUGAGGGGCUGUGAAUUGCCCACAAUAGGUGUUAUGGGUAAUAGGAGGUUGGUACUCAGUUCAUCUUGCAGAUUUGCCUCACCAGGCUUGUUGGCACCUCUGCCAUAAGACCCUGGAAGCACAUUUGGAAGUCUUGUGGGACCAGGUUGACGCUGGGAAGGGGAACAAUGAAUAGGUCCCUUGAUGAACUCUAGGUUCAUCUCCAGUAAGUUGGAUUUCUAUGAGUAAAAGGGCUGAAUACAGAUUGUAGUCUUCUCAGGACUAGGUAAUAGUGGACCAAAUUGCCAAGUAGGUGGUGGCCUCAUUGAGCCCCCAGACACAAUGUGUUCUCUACAGUGUUGGUAUUCUGAGAAGCCUGUCUGUAGGAAGGAAGAAGGAACAAAGAUGCUCAGUGGAGACCUGUUUGGGUUGUUCUAUCGGGGCUGAAGGCUGUUUAUGCUGGAUGAAUCUCAGAUAAGAGGAAGCCACAAAAGACAGCAUCACUGAAUUCUUGGUGUUUUAGUAAAUAGCAUCUUAACUUCUUGCUAGGAGCGUGAAUCUCCUCCUUGCUAAAUGCAGUGGAAACUCCAGGCUUAACUUCCUGUUGCAGCUGGUACAGAAAGGUAGCUGAGGGUUGAGGUGGCUUCAUUUGGCCAAUGCGAGUGCUGGCCUCCUGUCAAAUGCCUCCCUGUACUUCCUUCUCCUUGCAGGAACUUACCCCGAUAUCCAACAUAGGGUGGCCCACAAAAUCAGCCUGACUACUAAGAAGUAAUGCCUUCAACAAUGCAAGGGUCUCCCCUCCUCUCUGCCUCCUCUUUCCUUUCUUUAAAUGCCCUCCCCUCCGCCCUGCCCAACAUCCUCACCCCCCUCCCCCACAUACGGUGUGGUGAUACCAACCAACCCCAGGAAUGUGAGUUGCUGUCCACAUUCCCUGUGUGGAAGAGGAGCCAGCGGGUCUGUUGCCAGAAAGCACCGUUUAAAAUGUGAACUGUUACAGAACAAAUAAAGGCUGUGUAUGGGAA